CUGUAUCAUCUUUAAAAGCUGCAACCAAGCAAAUUAGUUUUUGCUUCUCAACCCCAAAAAACAUCCUUUCCAAGUCUCUGUAAAUCAUCUCUUGUGUCAAGACUGGGUAAUAGUGAGUGUGGCCAUGGGGAGAGCUCCUUGCUGUGACAAAGCUAAUGUGAAAAGAGGGCCAUGGUCCCCUGAAGAAGACACAGCUCUCAAGAACUACCUAGAGAGAUAUGGCACUGGUGGUAACUGGAUUGCUUUACCUCGCAAAGCAGGAAUCAAACGUUGUGGGAAAAGCUGCCGUUUAAGAUGGCUUAACUAUCUCAGACCAGAUAUCAAGCAUGGAGGUUUUACUGAAGAAGAAGACAACAUAAUCUGUACCCUCUACAAUAAUAUAGGGAGCAGGUGGUCUGUCAUUGCUUCUCAUCUUCCAGGAAGAACUGAUAAUGAUGUGAAGAAUUACUGGAAUACAAAGCUGAAGAAGAAACUAAUGGCAGGAAAUAAUGGUCUCCCAAGCAAUAAUACUACUAAUUCUUCUGCUUUAACUAAAGUUCAGACCAACAAGAAUGGUUUUUCAACUAGUUUCAACACAAGCUACACACCACUGCCAUUCUCCAAUGAAGUUGGGUUUGGACAAAAAUUGGACUCUCAAACUCUGGUUUCAGACCCAAGUCAUUUCUUUCCUGAAUUUGGAACAAGCACAAGUAACAGUUACAGUGUCUCAUCAUCUCAAGAUGUUUCAUCAGGUCUCUCAUCAGUUGCUGCUGCUCCUUCUUCUUCUCUUCCCAUGGAUAACAGCUUAUUUUCGUGGCCCGGAAACGGCAACGGAGGAGAAGAAGAAGAUGGGUUCUUCAAGGAUUUUGGAUUUAGCCUUGCUCAUGAUGUGUUCAGUGGCUUUGGCUUUGGCUUUCAGGGGAAGAUCAGUCAUGAAGUUGCUCCAAGCUUAACUAACCCUCCUUACACUACUUUGUAAAGUUGCAUUCUAAUAGUUCAAAUAUCUCCCAACAGGAAAUUAAGAGAGAGAGAGAGAGAGAGAGAGUAACUUCUAGUUUAGAUUAUGUUUUUCUUGAUCAAGAUGAUAGUUGAUCAAGAUGAUGGGGGAAGGAAGAAAAUUAUAGGUUCCAUGUAAAUGAAAAAUUUCAAGUAAGGGGAACUAUAGUAGUAUUAUUCCAAUUUUUUUUUUUUUUUUCUUACUAAACUUUCAUAGAACAUGUCAGUAGUUGUCUUUGAUUCUGUUUUUGUUUUUAAGAUGAAAUGUUCAUGAAUGUGAAGGGAUGUCUUCAGCAAGACUGUUUGUUUCUGUC